AUGCGUUCAACUGCACGAUAUCAUCAAAUAUAUAAUCAAAUAUCAACAUUAAAACUUCAUGGUCAUCGUAUGAGUGAAGAAGAGGAAAUAAACUUGCGUUUCGGAUAUUUAGGCCAAUGUUUAUUGACGCAAUUGUCGUAUUUUGAUCAUGGUUAUUCUUUUCUUACAGACAGUCUACACACUAUUUACCACGGUGUUUUUAAAAGACUGAUGACAUUGUGGUUUGAUUCAAAGUAUCGAACACAGCAAUGGUCUAUACGACAACAUAUGACUGAUCUUGAAACUGAUUUACGAAAAUUUCGCUUUCCUUCAACAACGACGAGAGUGCCUAGAACAAUUAUGAAAUAUUAUCGUUUAAAAGCAAAUGAAUCCCGGGUAAUUUUAUUAAUUACAUAUCCCAUAUUUAAGAAAUACCUAAAGCCUAUUUACUAUAAACAUUUUCAAUUAUUAUCAUUCGCUAUGCAUAUAGGUGAAUCAAGAAUUAUUGAUUCGUCAAAAUUAAAAGAAAUGAAGUAUUUGUUAGAGAAAUUCGUGUUUACAUUUCAUUUGUUAUAUGGUAAACGUCAUUGUGUUAAUACUGUUCAUUCUGUUUUCCACUUCCACCAAACUGUCAAAGAUUAUGGUCCUCUUACCAAUUAUAGUACCUUCAACUACGAAUCUGUGAUUGGCCAAUUAGCAGCAGCAACCAACGGCACGAAAAAUUUACCUCGUGAAAUUGAAAACACUCUGGAAUUAAUAAAAAAUUCCUCGUUUUUGGCACAUUCGUAUUGUACAACAUCUUCAUUAUACUCAUUUAUAUCAGAAAUUCAAGGUUACAGAAAGACUUCGAUGAAUGUAUCAGGCAUCCAUCAAACACAGAAGCCAAUAUCAGCAAUCAAUCAGAAUGAAAAACAUGAAUUGUGGUUAAAAUUCGGCGAUCAAUUUCUUUUAUAUAAUAAAUGUGUAAUUAAAGGUACUUCAUUCACAACGCGCCACUAUUCGAAAUCAAAGCAGUUUCAGGACUGCGGUGUUCUAUAUCAGUAUAGUGAUGGAUGUCGUUUUGGAAUUAUUAAUAAAGUUAUACUGAUAACAACAACGAACAAAUUAUUACUUCAAAUCCAUCCUUUAUUGCACAAUGAAAAAGAUCAAGUUUUAUUAAACUUAAAUACAGAAAAAAUAUCAUGUGAUCACGUUGAAUAUGGCAACAUUGAUUUUUAUCGAUACAUUCAUAUUGAUGCAGAUAAUGUUAUUGAAAAAGUAUGUUAUUACGAAUAUGAAAAUAAAUUUAUUUUUGUUCGAUAUCCUACAUUAACAGAAUCAAGUUAA